UAGUUUUUCAUGUUUGAAAGUGAAACAUUGGCGAAGAAGACGAAGCAUUCAUUUCGUGAAUUUCUUGGCUUCCGCGUUCAACUUCGUCCCUUGCUGUCUGAACCCGCCAUCUCUUCCGCCGUCCACGGCGGUCGCCGGCGUACUCCGACGGAAGCUAACUCGGAAACCUUUCGCUUCUCUCUCAGCUUAUUGCACCGCUCUCUGAUUCUUCUUCCUUUUGCUCUCCUCUGGCAUCACAAUGAUGACGCCAGAAUCAUCAGAGGAGUUGGAAAAACAUGCAAUCUCGGGUCAUCAUGUGAGGGGGAAUAGUGAAUAUGUUAGACUUGCCAUAUCUGAUGAACCAAGGGCUGUUGAAGCUGAAAUACUACAGCCUCUAGGAGAAUCAAGAAUGAAAUCUUUCAGGUGGUGGAUGAAAGUCUUUUUAUGGUGCGUUGUCAUUAUUGUACUUGCUCUUGUUAUAGUGAAAUGGGGAGUGCCAUUUACUUUUGAAAAGAUUCUUUACCCAAUCAUGGAGUGGGAAGCGACUGCCUUUGGCCGUCCAGUUCUUGCCCUUGUACUUGUUGCUUCUCUGGCUUUAUUCCCAGUAUUAUUAAUCCCUUCUGGCCCCUCCAUGUGGUUGGCUGGGAUGAUUUUUGGUUAUGGCCUUGGGUUUGUUAUAAUAAUGGUUGGAACAACAAUUGGGAUGGUCCUCCCUUACUCAAUUGGACUACUUUUUCGUGACCGCAUUCAUCAAUGGUUAAAGAGAUGGCCCAAGAAUGCCGCAAUGAUUAGGCUUGCUGGGGAAGGAAGCUGGUUCCAUCAAUUUCAAGUAGUUGCUCUGUUUAGAGUUUCACCUUUUCCAUAUACAAUUUUCAAUUAUGCUGUAGUAGUGACAAAUAUGAGGUUUUGGCCGUACUUAUGUGGAUCAAUAGCAGGAAUGGUGCCAGAAGCUUUCAUUUACAUCUACAGUGGUCGAUUAAUAAGGACCUUGGCAGAUGCACAGUACGGGAAGCACCAUUUAACAACUGUGGAAAUCGUGUACAACAUUAUUUCUUUUAUUGUGGCUGUAGUUACCACCAUUGCCUUUACUGUAUAUGCAAAGAGGAGCUUAAAUGAACUCGAGAUAGCAGAGGCCAAUGAGGAAGGUGCCUCUGCAUCUGGGAGUGGGAGUGGUGGUCUUGAGAUGGAGAAGGCUUCACAUUGAAAGCCCUCUCAUCUGAUAGUGUAUAUUUUAUGUAUCUAAAAUUUGGUUUAGGAUUACACGUAACAUAGUGUUUUCCACUCUCUUACGCCCUUUAUUCAUUAUUGGAAUGAGGAUGAGGAUUUAGGAUA